AUGGGGAAGGGGCUGGAGGGGACGGCGGCCCGCUGCGGGCUGGGACUGGGAUACCUGCUGCAGACCGUGGUGCUCCCCGCCCUGGCCGUCCUGGGGGCCAGCCGCCCCGGCUCCGCGGCGCAAGAUGAUGAUUUUUUUCACGAGCUUCCAGAAACUUUUCCAUCUGAUCCUCCAGAGCCAUUGCCCCACUUCCUCAUCGAACCCGAAGAGGCUUACAUUGUGAAGAACAAGCCUGUGAAUCUGUACUGCAAAGCAAGCCCAGCCACGCAGAUCUAUUUUAAGUGCAACAGUGAAUGGGUUCAUCAGAAGGACCAUGUGGUGGACGAGAGAGUAGAUGAAACCUCUGGUCUGAUUGUCCGAGAGGUAAGCAUUGAGAUUUCCCGACAGCAAGUCGAGGAGCUCUUUGGGCCUGAAGAUUACUGGUGCCAGUGCGUUGCCUGGAGCUCUGCAGGCACCACCAAGAGCCGGAAAGCCUACGUCCGCAUUGCAUAUCUCCGGAAAACUUUUGAGCAGGAACCCUUGGGGAAAGAAGUGUCCCUGGAGCAAGAGGUCCUGCUCCAGUGCCGUCCUCCCGAAGGCAUCCCAGUAGCCGAGGUUGAGUGGCUGAAGAACGAAGAGGUGAUUGAUCCCGUGGAAGACCGAAAUUUUUACAUCACCAUCGAUCACAACCUGAUCAUCAAGCAAGCCCGGCUUUCUGACACGGCCAAUUACACUUGUGUCGCAAAAAACAUUGUGGCCAAAAGGAAAAGCACCACAGCGACUGUGAUUGUCUAUGUGAAUGGAGGCUGGUCUACCUGGACUGAGUGGUCAGUGUGUAACAGCCGAUGCGGGAGAGGCUUUCAGAAGCGUACAAGGACCUGCACCAAUCCUGCCCCACUCAACGGUGGUGCCUUCUGCGAGGGCCAGAGCGUUCAGAAAAUAGCUUGCACCACUCUGUGUCCAGUGGAUGGCAAGUGGACGUCCUGGAGCAAGUGGUCCACCUGUGGCACGGAGUGCACCCACUGGCGCCGGAGGGAGUGCACAGCCCCAGCGCCAAAGAACGGGGGAAAGGACUGCGAGGGGCUGGUGCUGCAGUCCAAGAACUGCACCGAUGGGCUCUGCAUGCAGGCUGCUCCUGACUCGGAUGACGUUGCUCUCUACGUCGGGAUCGUCAUAGCUGUGAUCGUGUGCCUGGCUAUUUCUGUGGUCGUGGCCCUGUUUGUCUAUCGCAAGAACCACCGUGACUUUGAGUCAGAUAUUAUUGACUCCUCGGCGCUAAAUGGGGGAUUUCAGCCUGUUAACAUCAAGGCUGCAAGGCAAGACCUCCUGGCAGUGCCACCAGACCUCACUUCAGCUGCAGCCAUGUACAGGGGUCCUGUUUAUGCCUUGCAUGAUGUCUCUGAUAAAAUCCCAAUGACCAAUUCUCCGAUCUUGGACCCACUGCCCAACCUGAAAAUCAAGGUUUAUAACACCUCUGGUGCAGUCACCCCCCAGGAUGACCUCUCUGACUUCUCCUCCAAGCUGUCCCCGCAGAUCACACAGUCUCUGCUGGAGAAUGAGACCCUGAACAUGAAAAACCAGAGCCUUGCUCGGCAAACAGACCCAUCGUGCACUGCAUUUGGGACCUUCAACUCUUUAGGAGGUCACCUAGUAAUUCCGAAUUCAGGAGUAAGCUUGCUGAUCCCAGCGGGGGCCGUUCCACAAGGGAGAGUCUAUGAAAUGUAUGUGACAGUUCACAGGAAGGAGAACAUGAGGCCUCCUGUAGAAGACAGCCAAACCCUGCUGACACCGGUGGUGAGCUGCGGCCCACCAGGAGCCCUGCUAACCCGGCCUGUCAUUUUAACCAUGCACCACUGCGCAGAACCGAACACGGAGGACUGGCAGAUCCAGCUGAAGCACCAGGCUGCCCAGGGACCAUGGGAGGAUGUGGUUGUGGUCGGGGAGGAAAACUUCACCACUCCGUGCUAUAUCCAGCUGGACCCAGAGGCCUGCCAUAUCCUGACAGAAACCCUCAGCACGUAUGCCUUGGUGGGACAGUCAAUCACCAAGGCAGCAGCCAAACGUCUCAAACUGGCCAUCUUUGGACCACUGUCCUGCUCUUCGCUGGAGUACAGCAUCCGGGUCUACUGCCUCGAUGACACGCAGGAUGCCCUUAAGGAGGUCCUCCAGCUCGAGCGGCAGAUGGGUGGGCAGCUUUUGGAGGAGCCCAAAGCUUUGCAUUUUAAGGGAAGCACCCACAACCUCCGCCUGUCCAUUCAUGACAUUGCCCACUCUCUCUGGAAGAGCAAACUGCUGGCUAAAUACCAGGAAAUUCCCUUUUACCACAUCUGGAGUGGAUGCCAGAGGAACCUGCACUGCACCUUCACGCUGGAAAGGUUCAGCCUGAAUACCCUGGAGCUGGUAUGCAAACUCUGCGUGCGGCAGGUCGAAGGAGAAGGACAGAUCUUCCAGCUCAACUGCUCUGUCUCAGAGGAACCUACUGGCAUUGAUUAUCCUCCUAUGGACUCAGCAGGCACCAUCACCACCAUAGUAGGGCCCAGCGCUUUCAGCAUCCCCCUCCCAAUAAGGCAGAAGCUGUGCAGCAGCCUGGAUGCACCCCAGACCAGGGGCCAUGACUGGCGGAUGCUGGCCCACAAGCUGAAACUGGACAGGUACCUAAAUUAUUUUGCUACGAAAUCAAGUCCCACCGGGGUGAUCCUGGAUCUCUGGGAAGCCCAGAAUUUCCCUGACGGCAACCUGAGCAUGCUGGCAGCGGUUCUUGAAGAAAUGGGAAGACACGAAACCAUUGUUUCUUUGGCAGCAGAAGGAAAUUACUGAUGCAGCCUUGGCGUGAACAGGAAGGACAGACGCAGGGAGCGGUAAUGCCCUGUUAUUACAAACGAGAAUUGAAAUGAAACCCCAGACCAAUGAGUUACACAAGAGACAUUUCAGAGAAAAAGCAAGCAAACAAACAACAACAACAAAAAAAAAAAACAGCCCUGACCUUCACACGUGCUCUCCUUGUACAUUAUCACAGGAUCUAAAAGAAAUCAUGCAAACUUGUACCUUGAAAAUAUAAAUCAACCUAAUGUUCCUCUCGGCUUGGCUGUACACUGCUUGGUACAGGAUUUUACAGUUUCCUAGGAAACGCUUUUUAUUGCUAUCCAGAUAUAUGGAUAAACUUUCUUAACAAUCCCAGUUUCUAUGGAUGUUGUUUACAUCAAAUUCUGGACAGGGGUAAGGAGACUGUCCAUGGCUCUUUAUAUUUUUUGUUUAAAGCCAUUCUAGACAAAGCUAUGGACAGUUGGUUGUGGCUAUUUCAGCUUAUUGGUUUCUGGUGAAUUCAGAUUUUGGCUACAAUUCUGCACAUCGAUUGUCUCACAAUGAUCCUCCUGUCAUUGUUCUGUUUCCUAGACCUACUUGUAAAAAAAAAAAAAACAAAAAACAAACAAAAAAAAAAACAACAAGAAAAUCAGAGCUUAAGAGGUGUGCAUCUGGAAAGCAGGUACUCUGGGUGCUAAGCAGGAACACACGUAACGUCCCCUUCCUUCCCUGAUCAAGUCCCACUGAGCCUGUGUGAAGAAUAGCUGUAGGACAGCAGGGAAUGUAGGAUCGGAGUUAAUUUUCAAUUCACAAUGUAACACCCUUUCCACCCCUUUGCAAUACGAGGGGGCUGGAUAUGCAAUUCAGAGUGGUUUGGGGA